GCAUCGCUGCGUUAAGCCAGAAGAACCGACCAAGAAGAAGAACCAACACAAAGGUUCCGUUUCCUGUUGAAAGAUCCGCGCUGCACCAUCCCAUCAUCAGAAUGCCCAAAUCAAAGGAAGUGCUGUCCUCCACAUCUGGAAGCGACUCUGACAGUGAAGUAGAGACCAAGGCCAAAAGAAAGAAGCCAAGCGCUCCAGAAAAACCAGCUAAGAAAGCAAAAGGUGGGGAGAGCUCCAAACCUGGAGGCUCUUCCAAAGGCAGCGGCAAUGGAAACGACAACAUGUUCCAGAUCGGAAAGAUGAGAUACGUCAGCGUUCGAGACUUCAAGGGCAAAGUCCUGAUCGACAUCAGGGAGUACUGGAUGAACCAGGACGGGGAGAUGAAACCAGGGAAGAAAGGCAUCUCCCUGAACCCAGAACAGUGGAACCAACUAAAGGAACAGAUCUCAGAAAUCGACGACGCGGUGAAGACAUUAUAAGCAUUCCUGGAACCUUUGCCUGAUGACCUCAUGGGGCAUGUUUGUUAGUUUUG